GGCUGAACGAAGAGCGCCUGCUUUGUACAAUAUCAUAGGAUAAUAUUAUGUAUACUUUAACGGCAUUGCUCCUGUCAUUAAUAAUAGGAUUAGCGUCAUGUGGUCGACUUGAACCUCAAUAUCUACCACCGCGGCCGGGCUUCGGGGGCGGUGGAGCUGGCGGUGCCGGCGGUUCGGGGGGCCCGGGGUCUGGUAGCGGUGGCGGGCCCUUCGGCGGAGGCUCUGGCGGCGGGAAUGCUGGACUCGGCGGGCUUGGCGGCAGCGGCUUCGGCGGCGGCAGCGGCGGCAGCGGCGGCGGCUUCGGAGGAGGCAGCGGCUUCGGUGGAGGCAGCAGCGGAAGCGGCUCCGGCGCAAACAUACCCAUACUGAAGUUCGAAAACGAAAACAAUGGAGACGGCACUUACCGGUUCAGCUACGAAACUGGAAAUGGUAUCCAAGCGCAAGAAAGCGGCGCUCCUCGAGCUCAAGGACCAGAAGGGCCCGCCGUCACUGCAGAGGGUGCUUUCUCCUACCGCACGCCGGAGGGCCAACAGAUCUCCCUCACGUACACCGCUGAUGAAACCGGCUUCCAUCCUGUAGGUGACCACCUCCCCACUCCUCCCCCCAUUCCUGAAGCCAUCCUGCAAUCCAUCGAGUUCAACAGACGCAAUCCAUCCUCCGAAGGAUCUUACAACGGCGGUGGCAACGGAGGUUCUGGCGGUUUCGGCGGGUCCGGUAGCGGAUCCGGUAGCGGUGCAUACGGAGGCUCCGGGUCCGGCAGUGGAAGCGGAGGUUUCAAGGGCAAUGGAGGCGGUUUCGGAUCCGGCGGCGGCGGUUUUGGGGCCGGCGGUAGUGGCGGUUCCGGUGGUUUUGGUGCCGGUGGUAGUGGCGGUGCCGGCGGUUUUGGUUCUGGAUCCGGUGCAGGCGGUGCCGGUGGCGGUUAUCAUUAUUGAUCUCGCACUGACCCGCGUUUCACUAAGAAAGACCACUGAAUCGUAAUGUCAAGUGUUUUGGGCAUUUGUGUUGUAGCUUUUUAAUGUUAUUGUUGUUUUGGAAAUUGAAAUGAGCUUUAGAUUUGCGGUAUCUUAUCGUAAUCAUCCUGUCUACCUUUACCUACUCUUAUACGUAUUUUUUUUAAGUAUGCCAAAUUAUUAUUUUUGUUGUGUUCAUUGUUUGUGUUUGUUUUGUGUUAUUCGUUUCAAAUAUAAGCGUGUUCUGCAAGUUGUGCCGAACCUGGAAUGGCUAGUAAAUUUGUACUUAUACUAAUGUUUAAGAAAAUUCACUGAGUUGUUAGGUUUUAAUGAGCGACCCUUGCGUGCAAUUUCGAUUCAGUAAAAUUUUCUUAGUAGAAUAAAGCUACGGACCAACCGUUCUUACGGCCUCAUUAUAAAUGUUUAGCUAUAUUUUAUGCUUAUUUAAGUUACUCGUAAAUACUUAUCUUCGCGUUUAAAAAUGAAUAGAUAAUUCUUGAAUGGCUUUUAAAUUACCUUGCAUCUAGGACUGUGAUACCACAACUCCCCGAAUCCUAAGUUAUUUAAAUAUAUAAUGUAUCAUAGGUACUAUGUAAAUACCUAAGCAUGUGUAAUAAAUGAAUGAUUGUGA